GGCCCGGCCCGGCCCGCCCUCACGUGACGCCGCCGGUUGCAAUUUUAGCCCGUCAGCUGACACGAAAAAUCCCUGGAGAGGGGCCGCCGCCGCCUACAAAAACAGGGAAGGCGGCCGGGCGCGGCGUCGCGGCCUCCCAGUGGCGGGACCCUCCGGCCUGUGUUGUUCCUUUCCCCCCCGCCACACACACAUCCACCCCGCCAUCGCCGCCAUGGGACCCCGCGGCCGCCUCCUCCUCCUGCUGCUGCUCGCCCUGGCGGGGCCCUGCGCAGCCCUCAUCAGGAUCCCCCUGACCAAGUUCCCCUCCAUGCGGCGGGUCCUGAACGAGGCGGGCAGUGAGAUCCCGGACAUGAACGCCAUCACCCAGCUCCUCAAGUUCAAGCUGGGCUUUGCCGACCUGGCUGAGCCCACUCCAGAGAUCCUGAAGAACUACAUGGAUGCCCAGUAUUACGGCGAGAUUGGCAUCGGGACCCCCCCACAGAAGUUCACCGUUGUCUUUGACACUGGCUCCUCCAAUCUCUGGGUGCCAUCCGUGCACUGUCACCUUCUGGACAUUGCCUGCCUGCUGCACCACAAGUACGAUGCCUCUAAAUCUAGCACCUAUGUGGAGAACGGCACCGAGUUUGCUAUCCACUAUGGGACAGGGAGCCUCUCUGGGUUCCUCAGCCAGGACACUGUCACGCUUGGUAACUUAAAAAUCAAGAACCAGAUCUUUGGGGAGGCUGUGAAGCAGCCAGGCAUCACCUUCAUCGCUGCCAAGUUCGAUGGCAUCCUGGGCAUGGCGUUCCCGAGGAUCUCUGUGGAUAAGGUCACCCCUUUCUUUGAUAACAUCAUGCAACAGAAGCUGAUUGAGAAAAACAUCUUCUCCUUCUACUUGAACAGAGACCCCACUGCUCAGCCUGGCGGUGAGCUGCUCCUGGGGGGGACUGACCCCAAGUAUUACAGCGGCGACUUCAGCUGGGUCAACGUCACACGCAAGGCCUACUGGCAGGUCCACAUGGAUGCGGUGGACGUUGCCAAUGGGCUGACUCUGUGCAAAGGGGGCUGCGAGGCCAUCGUAGACACGGGAACCUCACUCAUUACUGGCCCCACCAAGGAAGUGAAGGAGCUGCAGACGGCCAUCGGUGCAAAACCACUCAUCAAAGGCCAGUAUGUGAUCCCCUGUGAUAAGGUGUCAUCUCUGCCUGUCGUCACGCUAACGCUAGGAGGGAAGCCCUACCAGCUUACUGGAGAACAGUAUGUCUUCAAGGUUUCUGUACAAGGAGAGACCAUCUGCCUGAGUGGCUUUUCAGGCCUGGACGUCCCACCCCCUGGGGGCCCACUCUGGAUCCUGGGAGAUGUCUUCAUCGGUCCCUACUACACCGUCUUUGACCGUGAUAAUGACUCUGUUGGCUUUGCCAAAUGUGUCUAAGCGCCUGAUCCCCGCUGCCUCUGCCACACACACACACUUACACACAUGCACAGGAGCCAUACAGAAGGAUUAGAAAUCCAGUGAGUGGAAAGGAAAAAAAAAAAAUGAAAAAGAAAGAAAUGGAACUAGAUUUAAAAUUAUAUGGAAAAUAGUCAUUAGUUCCCUGCUAGCUACUUUUUCCCCUCUGUUGAAUAAGUGGUGCUGGGACGUCUCUAGUUGACAACUCCAGCUGGAGUAGCCCCUUGCUUUACUGCUAGGUCUUCCAGUAUUUGUUUUUAAGAAUGAUUCUCAGAGCUGAAAAAGGCUCUCUCAUGUCUCCCAGCCCUGCUUUCCUUCUUGGGGGGGAGCAGUUGGCUGGAGCCAGCGCCCGGCUCCUCUGUUCCUGCAGAGAAGCUCUGCGGCUGCUCUUGGGUUUGGGCUUCUGCACUGGGGCAGAGGGACAGGGAAGGCUGUCCAGCAUGUUAUUUGCUACUUCUUGCUUUUUCACUGAUAAAGUGGGUGAGUAGGAGGUGGGGGAGAGUCCAUCUUCAUCACCCCUUCACGAUGGGUUGAGGCAGUGACCAGUAGGUCAUUUCUCAAUGGGUUUGUGCUGGCUUGGUCCUAAGAGAGCACAUCCUGGGCUGGAGUGAUGGGGGGGUUGCGGUAGCAUGCCCAAGGGUAGCGUUGCAGAGCCUGAGGGCUCUGGUGGUGUAUUUUUGUGUAGUGAUGGCACUAGUGAGAGAGCUGGAGGCAUGAUGCCCAUGUGCCUGACCUAACAGGGCAGUGAUUUGUAGGGGAGCUCCAGCCAGUGGGACUCUUCAGGGAGUAUGAAUGUAAAGGGGGUCAAGAUAGGAUGUAAUAGAGGUCACUUGAAUUCAUGGCCAUGAAGGCCCAGCUUUUUGCUGGGCAAAGUCAUUUGACACAGGUUCUUGAGUUUGGUGAACUUCUCCCAGCUUCGCCAAACCACAAAUCUUCCCAGCUUCUUCCGCGCUUAGUGAGUUGAGAAUGUUUCCUAAAGCAACUAAGUGAUCUAGAAGCUGAAAUCACACUGGUAAAAUCUGUAGAUGUUUGUCAGCCACUUAAGACCAUUUGGAAACAUUCACAGCAUUUUGAACUGCCCAAAACUCAAGAAGUUGGCAGAGCCAGCAAGCCUCCCAGGCAGGAGGGUGCCAUGGCAACUUCUGGACUUGCAUUCGCUUUCCCUGAUGCCCCAUCGUGAAACCCAACUGUCUCUAACGCCCUCCUUACCUUCUUUCCACCUUACUAAUGCUGGUGAGAGCUCUGUUCGUGUCCACCCUGUGUUGCAGAUGGAGUGAGGCACAAUCCUGCUUUGGAGAGGUGGUAGCUGUUCUAGCUGUGUUUGCAGAUCCUCCUGGAGAGCCAAGAUCUGUGCACGUGAAGCUGCUUACUUCACUAGGCUGGCAUCAGUAGGCAAACGCUGGUGGAGCUAGGAGGACCAUAAAGUGAGUUUUAAGCAGUACUGGAAAGCAGAGGAGAGUUUGCGAAGAAUCCCAGCCUGUGCUGGGAGUAAAAGGCUCUCUGCUUUCCUGGUGUGCUGGAUCAGGUCCUGAAGUUAGGGAGCAGUAGCGGGUGAGGGGCAAAGCUAAGGGGGGGAAGAGGACCAGAUCAGCACUGACUGUGACCCCAGAUCAGGCGAAAUGGGUAGUAAAAUCCUAGUUCCCCAAAAUUCACUGAUAAUCCUGUCGGCAGUACUGGUGGGGCCAAGGAAGUUCCUGAGAAAGGUCCUUGGGCAGUAGGUGAAUAGGUGGUUAUGCCCAGUGAAAUGCAUAUACAUCAUCCCCAAUAUUGAAUUCGCCGGUAACGUGAGAGGCAAGGGUGGGGAAGAGGUCCCCACGUGAGCUGUGGGAGGACAGUGAGUGUGUAGCCUGCAGAUGUCCCCUGUCCCCACGUGCUGCAGCUGAUCAGUUUGGCUUUAUAACCAUGCCUCGGAGGAGUCUGGCAUGGGCAGUGGGGACAGGCCUGGGCACACUUCUGAUGCGUGUAUUGUCCCCUGCAACCCUGGAUGCACCAAAUGCUGCUCCCAAAGCUUGCUUCUGCCUGCUCAUAGUCUUCACCUGCAACGCUGCAUCUGGACACCUAAGGACAUCUGUUGCAGACUGGCUAGAGAACAGUGUUAACAAAAGAAAAAAAAAAAUCAUCAAUAGGUACUCCAAAAUCAGCAGAUAUUCAGCACCUCUCCGGAGAGCCCUGGUUUCACACCAAUUAAGUGCUCAGAGCUCUUCCCAGUCCUGCUACGUUGUUUCCCAGCUGCAGAGACAGCACCCCGGGUACCCACUAAUCAGACCUGAUGCAGGGGGGGAAGCCUGAUGUGGAGCUGGUGGUGGGUUUUGAAUGUCUUUGGCAUCAGAUUUAAGCAGGACGUGCAGCACAGCCCCAGAAGAACGCGUCGGGCUGCAGUUCUGCUGGGUGUUGCAAUGCCUUAUGCUGUCUGUGUCAUAGCCUAAGGCUGGGCUCAUGUCUGUCCUCAGGCAGGCAGGAGGCUGCUGCCUCGGGAAAGAGCACAGCCCGGAAUGAUGCCCUGGGUGACAUACCUUAGGACAGGCUGGAGGAGCGGUUCAUCGUAGUCUUCCCUGAAUGGGUCUCCUCCCCUUGUUCUUUUAGUUGCAUUUUUAAACCAAACUCUAACUGUGUGACUGUUGGGUUUUUUUUAAUCUAAUUUGCUGUCAGAAUUACUGUCUCAUCAUAGAAAAUUGAAAACAAAAUACAGUAUUUCCCCCCUUAA